AUGCGCUUGGUCAGAUUGAUGCAAGGAGGGCUACACAUAAGGCUCUUAGAGCAAGCUACUAUUCUGGUACAAAGGUAUGGCUUCUGGUUCAUCCAGUUCCCAAGAUUCUCCUACAUUCGAAUAGCUGGCUCUAAAGGCGCUCCUGUCCGACUUCUGCGAUACUCGACCCAAAAAAUAGUUAUUCUGGAAGUCGCAAGGCAGUCACGUUCGGUGAAUAGUUUACUCAAAGACAAGAAGCAGUCCAGAUUCGCCUUCCCUAUUAUCAUAGGUAACCUUGAUGUCCAUCUGAAAAGUCCAGCUCAUGCCGAAGAAUCCCUUGCAGAACUAGCCUCCUACGGCCUACAAGAACAUUUCCCAAAGAAAUGUUUUGAUCACGACAAUCUGGCAAAAAGAGCCUAUGACAGGCGCUACGGAGCGAAGGAGUCAGUUGAAGAUUAUUGGAAAAACUGCUUUGAUGACUAUGAAGUUGGACGACGCGAGUAUUCAAGGCUAAGUGUGCAACAAAUGCGAUUCUAUGAAUACCGUCGGGUUUUGGAUCAGCUAAUGGAUUCUAGAAAUUGCCUACAAGUCCGGGAAUUUGAGGCGGUAAGACAUCUCUUGCAAGGCAUCGAUUGGUCACAAGAUCCAAUUACUGAUUUUGAGGCGGUUAUGGCAGCCCCAGGAAGCGAUAUUGAUGCUUUCAAGGCUGAUGAUCCUUCUACCCAAGACAUGCUAAAUACAGAGGUGAAGGGGAGCCGCCAUGAAUUGCAGCUGCAUAGUACUGCCAAGGAUGACUCCACUGUUGAAGGAGAGCAAAGGACAGAUGAGACUCGCGAGCUUCAAAGGACUAAAGAACAACUAUCACAUGAAGAUACCAGACAGUUGUUCAGUGAAGUAGGAGAGAACUCGGCUACGAGCAAAGGACUUGACACUUCCUCCACUCCUCCUGUAAUAGAGCAGCUACAAAUAUGCAAUGAGUCGGCUGAAAACAUUAAAGAGAAGAGUGCAAAUAUAACUAUAGCAUUAGCCCAGACCAUACCUCAAGAUUGGUUAGUUGCUCAAGCUCAGCGCAAGGCAGCCACCAAGCUACCCAUCAACUUGGAAGACAUCUUCUCGCGCAUAGGCAAAGCCAAGUCCAAGGGGAAGAAAAAACCUAAGGCCGAGGGGUAUAUUGAUCAACUCCUAAGACCAUUGCAUGAUGCCCCUGAAUCCCACAUUCCCCCGACAACAUUGGCGCAAAGAACCACCACAAAAUUUGAGGGAGUACGAGAUACUGCCAAGGCCGUCAAGGAAUGGAUGCGAAGCAUUAAAGAAAGGGGAGAACAAAUCAUUGGAGAGUUUGGAUUCUUGGGAAAGUUGGCCAGAAGAAAAAGUGAUCUUCGCCUUUAUAUUGAUGAGUUAGGACAAGCUUUAUAUGGAGAGCUUGACUAUAGGUGUGAAGCUACAAAUGCAUCCGAGUUUCAAGAAUUGCAUGCAAAAUUGCCAUUCGUUUCAGUGCCAAAGGCUUUUCAUCACUUGACCAGGAAAAGAGUUCUGACAAUGGAAUGGAUGACUGGUGAUAAUCCUAAAGAAUUACUUUACAUAUCCACCGGCUCAAGUCCAAGUGGUUGUAUUUACUCAGAACAGCAGCGCCUGGAAGCAAGGAAUCGACUUCUGAGUCUGGUUAACAGAGGUGUAGAAGCGUCAUUGGUACAACUACUAGAGACAGGUUUGCUUCAUGCAGAUCCACAUCCUGGGAAUCUUGUCUACACAUCAACAGGCCAGAUUGGGUUUCUUGAUUUUGGUUUGCUUUGCCGAAUGGAGGAGAAACACCAAUAUGCAAUGCUGGCAUCUAUUGUACAUAUUGUCAAUGCUGAUUGGCCUUCUCUUGUAAUUGACUUGGCUGACAUGGACAUUAUAAGACCAGAAACUGACCUCAGGCUUAUUCAAAUGGAAUUGCAAGAUGCUUUAGGGGAUGCAGCAGCAAAUGAUGGUACAAGUAUGCCCGACAUAAAAUUUAGUAAGGUUCUUGGGAAAAUCUGGGCGAUAGCACUCAAGUACCACUUUAAAAUGCCUCCAUACUACACUUUGGUGUUACGUUCUGUGGCUUCCCUAGAAGGUUUGGCACUAGCAGUAGAUCCAGAUUUCAAAACAUUUCAAGCAGCCUAUCCUUAUGUUGUGCAUAGGCUUCUUACCAAUAAUUCAAUUCGUAUGAGAAAGAUAUUGCACUCGUUGGUAUUAAAUGAAAGGAAAGAAUUUCAGUGGCCUAAAGUUGCUUUGUUCUUAAAGCUAGGAGAACAACAGUUCAAGAAAAGGGAUGCUUUGAAGACUGGAGGUGAAGCACAUGUUGUAUCUAAUCCGUCCAAAAAUCCACCUGGUGGCAGUGUAGAUCUGGCAAACACAAUUAUGAAGCUUUUAUCAUCUGCAGAUGGUGCUGUUCUAAGGAGGCUAUUAGUAACUGCUGAUACUCCAUCUUUAGCAAAGACUUUUGUCUCUGUAGAUGCCACUGAAUUUCGCAGAAAUGUUGUAGAAAACUUUGCAGAAAUUCUGUCUGAAUGGGGCACAAGAAUCCUGAGAGAAGAACACAUCUAUCUACGUCAAACAGCUAUAAACCAUGAUCAAACAGAUAGAAUGGAGAGUAGUAAUGCCUCAUCCUUGGACGUGUACAAGAAUUUGUUGAGAGACCACCGCCUUAAGGUAGUGCUUUUUACAGCACUUAAAAGGUUAACAAGAAGUCCACUGUUGAUGCUGAGAGUCUGCUGGACCUGUGCUAUGAUAUUAUGUUCUGCUUUGGCAUUGGCCUCUCAUCGACUGCUGGUGGAACUCUGUCACAUUUACGUACAACCAGUUCCAGUUGUGAGAAAAAGAAAGCUUGCUUAUCAGACUGUUGCUUAGAAGGCAACUAGGCAUCCUGAUUUCUGUUGGCAUAAUACGACCAAAUCACCAGACAAAUAUGAAGGCAUACUGGGAAUAUUGAGUGCCUUCUAAUGUAUGGGCUACUUCAGAAGAAAAAAACUCCUACGUGCCAUAUAUAUAUGUGGAAAGUUUGUCUAUAUAUAUAUUAGAGAUCACACUUGAGUUCAAACUCCUAUGGCGAUUUGGAGCUUCCAGACUGAUGGAAUUAGUGCUUGGGUUUUUAAGAUGGCAAGUCUCACCAACAAGGAACCAAGGUAGGAAGUUGAUUGGAUGUGGGUAACUAUUUUGAAAAAUUCUUCUCUAAUGCAUCACCGAUACAGCUUACAAGAUUUUUGAACCUAAUCAAACGACAUCACCUGAUACAUAACGUCAGGGAGGCAAGCAGAGGAUGAAAUAUUACAUGCAGAAGAUUCAGGCUAGAAAAGAUUUUCUUUUGUACAAAUUAAUAUUUUAGGGUGGUUUCAUGUAUUCAUAUUUAUUUACCCAAGGGCUGAGAAAGGUUUGAGAAGUUGAAAAGUACCAUCUAAUAAUAAUUAAUUAGUUUCGAUGAAAAUUUGUUAUCAUUCCAAGCACUUGUAUAAUACAUGACAGUAGUGGUUUUUUCUGCUUCAGAGUAUUCGUGUAGCAAAUGCUUAAGUUGGAAAGACACUUCAAAUAUAAUGGCUAACUACGAAGCAUUAACUGUCGUCCAUUGAAAGUAGCAGUGACUUGCAUUAACGAUUUGUCAGGUUGUGUUCUCAUGCUUUGAGAUUGGAUGUCAUUGAGAAAAUGAUAUAGAUUUGACACUGUACGUAAAAAAGUGCAGUGGUCAAGAUUGAAAGUCA